AUGGGGCCAAAUAAUAAUAUGCAAAAUUUUUAUAUCAAUGAAAAUGAAAUAUUAAGUCCAACGAAAAGGGGUAUAAAGCUUGAUGUUAGCAAAUUAAAUAUUUUUAAUUUUUCAAAUUUAACAAAAAAACAAGAAGAGGUAACAGAAAAAUUUUCACAAUCUUAUCAAAAAAAUAAUAAUUCGUCAUCAUCUUUCUCUAUUCACAGUGUCUCAAACAAAAAAAUAAAAAAACAAAUUUCAAGUGAUACUAACACAGACAGUGAUAGUGUACUUACUUUUGAAUCAAACAAUUUAAAAGAAACAAAUAGUGAUACAACUGACGAGGACGAAAUGGUUAUGUCCCUAAGAAAUAGAUCAAUAAACAAUAAAAAUAGUGAAAAAAUUAAAAAAGUAAAAAUACAAAAUGGGAAAUAUAACAAAACAGAUAGACGAGCAUUAAGGAGUGACAUAUUAAAUGACACACGAAAAAGUACAAGAUUGGUUAAAGAAAAAGUUGAAGAAAAAAUAAAUCAUAAUUUAUCAAAAUCAAAACUUUCAACAAAAAGAAAUUAUUCUCAUCUUUCAAAAGAUAAUGAUAAAAAUGAUUCUAAAAAAAAAAAAAAAAAAAAUAAAAACAUAAGUAGUGACACAGAAAGUUAUAGCAAUUCUUCUUCCCAAUCAUACACAAGCAAUAAGUACAAUAAUGGAAACAACAAAAUAAAUACAAAAACUAUAAAAAAAAAAUUAUAUACAAAUACAGAAAUAGAAAAAAUAGCUAAAUCAACCUACACAAAAUUAAUAAAAGAAAAUUCAUGUGAAUAUCAAAAUGGAGUAAUAUAUGAAAGUCUAAUUAUCAAUAGUGAAAAAUAUACAAUGGGUGAUGAUGUUAUUAUUUUUUGUGACACAGAUUGUAUAGACACAAAUUAUAAACAAAAUAGUAAUACCCAAAUGUAUGAGCUAAAAAAAGGAAGAAUAUCUGGAUUUUACAAAAGCAAUGAACAUACCAAGAUCCAAGCAGAGAUAUGUAUAUACUAUGAUCACCAUGAUCAAGCAUAUAUAGACCAUAUUAAUAAACUAUCAAAAUUACGACGAACUAGAGAUAAUUCCGAAGAUAUAAUUGACAUAAAAUCAAAAGAAUUUUAUUUGUUAGGAAAUAUACAAUUUAUAAUGUUAGAUUCUAAGUUAAUUUAUAAAAAAAUUAAAAUUUUUAAUGAAAAAAAUACAUUUUAUAAUGAUAAAAAGUUAAAAAGUGGAAUCGAUAAAUUUUUAUGUACAUAUUAUAUAAAAGGGAAAGAAGAAAAAAUUUUUGAAAUACAAGAUGAACAACAUUGGGAAGAUCUAGUUAUGGGAUCUAGUAAUUUAUAUUACUACUUUUCAAAUAGAAAUAAUAAUAAUAAAAAAAAAUGUAUAAUAACACCUUUAGACAAAUUAAAAAUUCAUGAUAAUGUAUCAAGUAAUCCUAAAACUAGAAACACAACAAGACAUGCUCCAACAUCAUCUGAAACCAAAUUAGUAAGUACAUCUAAAACUACAACAAAUAAAAUGAAGAAAGAAAAAGAAGGAAAUUUUGAUAAAGACUUUAAAGAAUUUAUAAAACAAGAUCAAGAAAUUUAUUAUACAAAUUUAUUAAAUUCAAUAACCCAUCCAACAGAUAGAGCAAUAAGAAUGAUGCAAUUAGAUGUAGUACCUAAAUAUUUACCAUGUAGAGAAAAAGAAAUAAAAGAAGUUCAUAGCUUUUUGGAAUCUGGUAUUAAACAAUCAGGAAGUAAUCAAAUACUUUAUAUUAGUGGAAUGCCAGGAACAGGCAAAACUGCUACUGUAUAUAGUGUUAUACAACUAUUAAAAAAUAAAAGUAAUAAAAAAUUAUUACCCCCUUUUAAUGUAUACGAAAUAAAUGGUAUGAAUGUAGUUCAUCCAAAUGCUGCUUAUCAAGUUUUCUAUAAACAAUUAUUUAAUUCAAAACCUCCUAAUGCUUUAAACUCAUUUAAAAUAAUAGAUAGAUUAUUUAAUAAAAAUAAAAAAGACAACAGAAAUGUAUCAAUAUUAAUUAUUGAUGAAAUUGACUACUUAAUAACUAAAACACAAAAGGUGUUAUUUACAUUAUUUGAUUGGCCUACCAAAGUAAAUAGUAAAUUAAUAUUAAUAGCUAUUUCUAAUACUAUGGAUCUACCUGAAAGAUUAAUACCUAGAUGUAGAUCACGUUUAGCAUUCGGACGAUUAGUUUUUAGUCCUUAUAAAGGAGAUGAAAUUGAAAAAAUUAUUAAAGAACGUUUAGAUAAUUGUAAAGAUAUUAUAGACCAUACUGCUAUACAAUUAUGUGCAAGAAAAGUAGCAAAUGUUUCAGGAGAUAUUCGAAAAGCAUUACAAAUAUGCAGAAAAGCAUUUGAAAAUAAAAGAGGACAAAAAAUUGUACCUAGAGAUAUUAUUGAAGCUACUAACCAAUUAUUUGAUUCACCUCUAACUACUGCUAUUAAUUAUUUACCUUGGGCUUUUAAAAUAUUUCUUACUUGUGUAAUUAUUGAAUUAAAAAUUAUUAACGAAUUUAUUAUACCAUAUAAAAAAGUUGGAAAUAGAUAUAAAGUGAUGAUACAAACAAGUGGAAAAUGUAUAGGUAUGUAUAAUGAUGUUGAAUUAUUUAAAAUUAUGAUUGAUAAGUUAGUUAAAAUGGGUAUAUUAUUAGUUAGACCCUAUAUACCUCUAGAUUCAAUUGCAAAAAAUAAAAAUAAAGAAACACUUUUAGGAUUUAAUAAUGAACUUGAUAAAAAAAAUUCUGAUAAUAAAUCAUACAGAACACAAGUUAGUCCUGAAAUCGAUCAUGAGUCUGGUGACAUGGGUUUAGAACUUAAUGUUGAACCACAACUUGUUAUUACUGCACUAAUGAAAGAUCCUGAAUGCGCAAAAAAAUUAAACUUUUAUUAA